CUCCGCGGACACCUCGGGAGGGGUCCUUCGCGCACAGCGCGGUUAAAGCGAACGGCUUCGGCGGGAUUUUUUUUGUUGCUUUGCGAUCCUCGCGGCCGAAUCGGAGCGACUACAACAACAAGGGGGGGGGAGGGAGUAAACACAAAUAAAAAGAGGAGAGUUCACUAAUAAAUGCGCAACUUACUUAUACACCUCGGUAGCUAACGCACGGUAAAAAACCCCCCUCACGAGCAGACCGACGCCGCUGCUGCGGGCGGCAUGGAUGUACCGUCGCUCGUAAAAAAACUGGGCCACCAUCUGGAGGAGAUACGUGUGCGGGCGCUCAAGAAUCUACUGCUCAAGCUGGAGCAUGGCUUGCUGGCUGAGGCGGACCUGGUGCAGGAAAAGCGCUUGCUUGUCCGCAUGCUUGAGUGGUUCAACUUCCCUUCUGUGCCCAUGCAGAAAGAAGUGCUGGGGUUGCUGCACAAGCUUUCCCAGCACUCUUCUGCAGCGGGGUUACUAGUCGAAAUUGGAGCACUUGAGUUCCUGGCGCAGCUGCGGCCUAACGUGCAGGCGUCACUGCAGGCACCUGUGGACAGCAUCAUGGACUGCCUACUGCGCCUCCCAACAGUGCAGCCCGAGACCCCCUCUGUGAUGUACUCUGCCAAUUCCCCACCAGAGGACACUCACCAGCAAGGUUCUCUUGCUUUGAAACCGAUGCAGGCAGAUGGAAACACGGGCUAUUUUAUACACAGCAAGAAGGAAAAGGACAUUCCAAAAAACAACAUAAUCUUGCCAGUAAAUGAUGUUGUGAAGUGUUUAAAGUUUUCUACAUUCCCAUGGCUCUCCCUAACUCCAAAUGAUAAGCAUGUUCUGACUUCGACGGAAAGGUCCUUACGGAGUAAGAAUGCCAGCCUGAUUAGAAGUUCCUGCGACUUUUUAUUGGAUGUGAUGAUGUGUGAUUUUCCUGCUGAAACAUUCUUACAGCGGCCAAAUAUAGUAGAGAACCUGUUGCUGCUAUUGAGGCUGGCCGGAGGAGCAGAUGGGACCCACCAGCUGGCUUUGCAUGCGCUGCGUUGCCUACACCACCUGUGCCGAAACCUCACCAGCCGACUUUGCUUUCACAGGGAUCCUGCGUUUUUUUCCACCAAGCCAGAUGUGGACUAUCAGAACUCAUCAGUAUCCAGUUCAGGCACCUCAGUGGAAUCGAAUGAGCGAUCAGCUACCGCUGCUGCCACCAGCCCUCGCCCUUCUACUCAGGGUCACAGGGACCAGCGGCCACGUGGGGACGGCAGGGACGGCGACCUUUCUUCCUCUGCCUCCAGCACCGGUUCAUCUGAAGGCCACAAUGAGACCUCAAGUCGCGCCACACCAUCCCCACUGGAACUGGGCACGAUGGGAGGUGAACUGGAUGCAGACUUAACUCUGGAGUUGCAGCUCCAGCAGUGGGGGCUACCCAACUUCUGUCUGAUGGCAAUGCAACCAGCCAUUGAUAUGCUUAAAACAGGGAGCAGCUGUGAUGUCCUCGGUGUGCUGGAGCUGCUUGCGCCGGUGAGCUCGCUGCUGUCCGAGUCUCUAACGUCGGAUGUUUGGCAGGACAACAGCUUGAUCGGUCGGGACCUGGCUGAGCGGAUGUCGGGCAUCCUAGAAAGCCUGGCGGAGGUGUUGUCUUACCACUACACAAACCGUGUUGCGGAAGGGCAGCCUGAGCCGCUGCGUGCACACCAUCGCCUCGCCUUCAACGGCUGUGGCCUAGCAUUCCUACGGCUGGUGCAAAUGCUGGUGCCUCUAGAGCAGGCAGGCACCAUUCUACCUGGGAGUGUGGUGUCGGCACUGAGCAUGAUUUCGCUGGACGUCCCAUUCUGUCGCACUUUCCCGGCCGCCUGCGAUGCGGCUUGGUCCUUCCUGGAGCAGGCGAGCUCCGAGUGUCACUUGCUGAGUACACGCGUUGCCUCCGUUACCCAGUCGAUGGAGUGCACCUGCACUUUUAUGCGAGAAUUCACCAACCAGGACGAUGGAAAUAUGUUGGAGCUGAUAGAACUGGCUGACCAAGCUGUGGAAAGUAUACCGUACCACCUGCACCUGCCCUUCAUUCAACACUUCAUAAGCCUGUGUUCCAAAAUACACAAGACAUUGCAACCUAGCCCAACUGCAGCUGGUGAAAGCAGAAAAGUCUUGCUAAAGCUCUUGUCACACCCAGUGAAUGUGAUUCGAGCUAAUGUCUACAGCAACUGUCUUAACAUAGUCCAGGAAUCAUUAGGCAUUCACAAUGUGACAAAGUCAGUGUCCACAGCCUGCCUCGGAGUACGCUUCUUGCUGCACAGUCGGGUGCUGUACGAAUUGUGUGCCUUUGGCCUCCAGGAUUCCCACAAAGAGGUGUUCUUGGCAGCCCGGGCUAUUGUGCUGUACCUGCUGCAGAGCCGGUUGCUCAUGUGCGCUGCUACCUGGGGACAGCUUUUGGAGGCCCUCACUCCUGUACUGCCUGUUCUGCAGGGUUUUGCAGGAGAGGAGGGAGCUCUCGGCUCUGCGAUCGUAAACCUAAGUGAGACGGAGAGCCAGAGUGGUGAGGGUCCCAUCCCGCGGACCGAUCGUCUCCGUGCCUCCCUCCGUCUGCUCAUGGCCAAGCAGCUUCCUGUUCGCUCGGCUGGAGUGCAGCAGCUCGCUUGGCACCUGGUGACCGAGGAGCAGGCAGGACAAAAGCGGCCCCACUUGCCCGGCACCGUGCUGGCUGGGGAACCCAACCUGCUCAUCCCAGACGUGCCGCUGUGCCUGGACACCAAGGGCAUCGGCAAAUCGGUGUUCAAGGAGGACGCAGUGUGCAAGGUCUAUGGGAUUUUUAUGUCCGAGGCGGUGGACCUCGCUGUAAAGAAGUCUGCAGCUGAACAGCUUACCAUUAUGAUGCAAGACACAAUUCUGCACGGUGUAUUAAAAAAGCAAGGUGCAGUGGAGAAGGUGAUUUCACUGCUGCAUCAAGCUGCGCAUAAAGAUGGAAGGGGGCUGGAAUGCAUGGUGAGGCCAUGCUUGACGUUGCUGAGGCGUCUCGUGUACCACGAUCCGUGUUUACGACAUCGCUUGGCUUACCAGCCCACUCUGCUGCUUUCUUUGCUCCGAGUGUUGCUGGUUUAUCAGUCAGAAGCCGUGGUGCAGUUGGAGGUUUCUGUUCUGAUGUCUCUCCUGUUGUUUGAUGAAGUGGCCCACAUAGAGAAAUGGUCUGAUUCAUAUCCAUUGGAUGGCUGUGAUCCUCAGCCAUUGAGUCUGCCUCUUGUUGUAGAACAACGAUUUCAUCUUCCGCUUGUAAUGGCAACGCACCACGUGGUGAGCCCACACAGAGUGAUUCCUCCACCGCCGUCCGAUCCCUUGGUUGCUCCGCCCGCCAGAGAUGCCAUCAGACUUGGCUGGAACCUCGCAUGGCACCAGGGUGUGGAGGCCAUGCUGCAGGCACAUGCUGCGUCACAGCUGGAAGCAACAAACCAAGGGUUUCCUGAACUGCUGCGAAUGAAUGGGAGCGACGUGAUGGGGCUGCGAUUAACGCACUUGCCCAGCAGCCUGCAGCUGUGCCUGGAGGCGGUGAGCCGAGCGGCCUCUCACGGCGAGGCAAAGCUGGCCCUGCUGCGUCUUCGCCUGCAGCUGCUCAAUGAUGCUCUGCUUCCCCAGCCGGGAGCAGAGAGCAAAGCUGCACAGAUGCUCCUCAGCAUGGACUGGCGCUCCACACUCAAACGCUUCUUGGUGGUUCGUCCAGUGAGCAAUGCAGAUGAGAAGUUGCUGGGGGAAGUGCUCGCCUUCCUGCAGGCCCUGUUACAUGCUCAAGGAGACAUUCCAGACCAUAGCAUGCUGCAGUGGAUACUGCUGCUCCUCAAAGAGGAAUCAAAUCAUCUUCUUGAUCUGCUCAACAAGUCAAAUACCCAGGUUGAUGCACGUCACACUGUGACUGAAUCUCCCACUCGAAAGGGAUUACUGAAAGAGCUUUCAUCAUUUUUUAAUGCCUUGGUGCGAGCACUGGGCUGCAGUCCAGACAAACAAAGCUUGGCAGCAUCGAAUGGUGUCCGUUGCCACCUUGCUGCUUUGCUGCUGGGUCGGCUGAAAGAAGCGGACAGCUCCGGAUUCUACGAGCUGCCAUCUCUGGAAGCCACACUGCGCGGCAUGGCUCAUGCCACGGCUCUGCCAGGAUGGAGCGUCGCUUCUUCGGCCACGCAGUCAAACAACCUCCGCCUGCAGUAUCUCGCCUCCCUCCAAGAGAUUGUGUUGUCAUUCAGCAUUGGGCGAGAAGGGAAUGGCCUCUCAUUCCUUGGCAAAGGGGUCACCAAAAGUUCCGUGGUGUGCCUGCGACAGCUGGCUAGUGAGAUGAGCGAUCAGGCUGAAAACCAAGAUUGGGUGAGCCCUUGGUCUUGGUCUCGGAAGGGUAGUGGCCGCGGUGAAACAGCUGCGCAGCUAGGACUGACCUGGCUCAUCUCUUUAUGGGUGGACAGAGAUCUGGAGGUGCGUUUGGCCAGCCUAGGCCUCGGGACGGCACUGACUUCGGAGGAGCAAGGCUGCAUGGCCCUAGUUGCUGCAUGCCAAAACAUCUCAGGAGGCCUUUGGGGUACAGCACUGAAGAUUCUGCUUGACCAGUACGAGUCCAGCAUGGUCCGCUUGGAGGCUGCCAGCAUCCUGCAGAACCUUCUAGUUCUGCCAAUGCCAGCGUCAGCGGUUGAAGCGGGGGAUGGCUGCUGGCAGGGCCCAUGCGUGCACGAUGAGGACACAGACCUCUCGCUUGUUGGGCUGCCAGCCUUGCUGGCCCUUCUCUACCACUGCCGCUUUUACCAACACUUUGCCGGCAUGAUCUCAAACUGUUGCCGAGAGGCGCGUCUGGUGUACGCCAGCCCACCACAGGACGGCAAGUCGUCAAACGGAGAAUGCAGCUCGGCCUCUGCCGAGCUGAGUGAUGCCCUCGGACGCCCGGGCAGUAGCCCAGCAGCAUCCAACCCCUGCCCAGGGCCCAGCUGCCCAUCCACCUCCUCCACGUGGGAUCAUUUGAUUCCUGGAAAUGGUGUCGACGGCACCCGCGCCGGCAGAUAUCCCGCCAACAGACUUUCCGCGCAAGGACAAAGUGAAAGUGAGGGGCAGGACUCUGUGAACAGUGAAGGCACUCAAGACGCCCAGUGGGAGCGGCGUGGCAUGCAUGCUGACAGUAGUGUAGUGACCCCCCACCUCGUCUCUGGCAUGUGCCGACUUGUCCGCAACGUGCUUGCCCUUGCUCCCGAAAUGACAGCCCACUCACUCCUCCAGCACCAGAUCCUGUCCAGCCUCAACAGAUGUGCAGAUGCAGGCGUGUUGGGUGCCUCUGUCUGCGAGAUCAAGAACCCCACGCAGACUCUGCACCUUGCCAGGGAGUCCAAAGCUCUGGUGCUGUCACUGCUGGAUCUCCAGGCAGCUGUGUGCGAGCUGGUGGAGGCUUGUGCCAUUCUCUCCCUCGGCACAGUGCUGGAGGGAAGUCUGCUGGGAGAUCUUUUGCAGAACCUCCUUGCCGUCUUUUCCCAAACCAAGUCCAAGGUCUUGGAUGUGGAGGUACAGCAGGCAGUGCACAGAGUAUGGGAGAAGUCGCUUAGUCUGCAGUGUGUGCUGCUAAGGAAGGCUGGACCCACCGUGCUUCCCUCGUUUGUCUCUGCUGCAUGCCAUCACUGGGGUGCUCUUGUCGGAUGCUUGAAGACGUGCCUCAAAAUGUCUUUAUCCAACCGCUCUCUGCAUGUAGCCACCAUGCAAUUCCUGGCCAUGCUGUUGGCAGAGGAAAGCAAAAGAAAGCUGAGUUUGAAAUCACCAGAGAAUGAUGGCGAUGAGGAUGAUGGAGUAGCACCUGAAGCAGAGGACGCCCACCCUCACAAACUCUGCCCUCAGAAAGCGGACGGGUCAACGAAUGGCAAACCGAUUUCGCUUGAUACCGGUGACGUAAGUCGGAAGACAAGAUCGGUACGAGUGGAGCGGUCAAGAGAAUCUCGUACUCGUGUUGGAGAAGGCGAGCGGAGAGUUCGGUCAUCGGCGAGGACGGGAGCAGUGUCUGGUGACCCAGCCACGCUGAUGUGGCUGCUCGAUAGAGAUGGCUCAUGGGAAGCGCCAUUCGCUGGGAGACAGCUUUGCAAGAUCAUCUUGCAGUGCUUUGAGUGCAGGUCUACUGAUGAGCUACUUGGAGUGCAUGCCACGUCUGCUCUCUGUUGUCUCCUCGCUGUCAGCGCAUCAGCCAAGAAUUAUGCCCUUCAAGCGGGCCUGAUUGAGGGAUGUGUGGAGCAAGCCAAGCAGGCUCACAGAAAACUCGAGUUGGACUCACUGGAGCAAGCAAAACCAGCCCCGAGGAAAAAGGAGGACCGACUGCUGAGAGAACUGAGGACACUUCUGGAGGUUUUGAGGAACUGUCUCUUUGAGAGCGAGGAUUGCAAGGUUGCGGCAUCGGAUGAGCGUCUGGCCGUCGUGCUCCUGGCCCUCUGGCCCUACCUCCUCGCAGACGACUCCACUUUGUUGGCUGCCCUCCGCCUCCUCUGCAUCUUUACAACCAGCUGUCGCGCAGCGUGUCUGUCCUGCUGCAUUGGAGGCACUGGCACCUGUGCUACUGCAGGGGGUGGCUCCUCCCUGGUGCAUGCGGUGAUUCGCUUGUGCUCUGUGCGUGCGGGAGACUCCUCUGCCGUCGAGCGUCACGCCUUCACGUUGCUGUCCAACCUCCUGCUCUCGCAUGAGGGCAAGGGGGUCCUGCAAAAGAGCAACUUCCUGCAGCAGUUUGCGAGUUUGCAUCCUCCUAAGCUGAGCCGAGCUUCCAGCCCACUCGUGCUGCAUUGGCUGGGCCUACUGGUCAAUCUCACCACAGCGGAGGAUGGGCAGCAGAUGGUGCUGCGCCUGGGCGGUAGCCUGGAGCUGCUGCUGGAGAUGGCAGGGCACCAGCAGGCUGCCUGCCACCGUGCCGCCACUCUUGUUCUGCACAACCUGUGCUUCAGCACAGCCAACAAGGCCAUCAUCCUGGCCAAUGAAAAAGCUGUCGCGUUCCUGGCCAGAUGUCUGGAGAAUGAGACCCUCGAGAUGAGGUCCCUUGGGGCCAGUGCACUGUGGGCUCUGCUGUACAACUCACAGAAGGCUAAAGUGAGCUUGAAAAAUCCAUCGAUCAAGAGAAAAGUUGAUGAUGCAUUAAAAGCACAUCGAAAAGGUGUGAGAGCAGAGGAUUACAAGCUGUACACAUAUUGCCUCAAGAGCCUGGAGAAUGUGUCUACCUUACUGAACACCUAGGCAGCGUAACUGUUCAUCGAUAUUUUAAACAGUGUAGUAUGCUUUCCUUGAAUCAAAUCCUGUGUCUGAAACUUAAAAUAACGUGUAUUUAUAUAAAUGGUGUUUAUAUUUAAAAUGAUAAACUGCAAGUGUGAUUGAUUUUAUUUUACAAACUAUGUAGUUAAUAUGCGAAUCAUGAUUAUUAAACUGUGCUAUUGAACGUUGUUGCCACUUGACUAUUUUGUUAAUGCAGGUCCAAGGAGAGAUGAGACUAAAUCAAGGGGCUCUCUUUAUGGCUGCUGUAAAUUGCUGGUGCCAUUGUAAAAUUAUUGUGUAGUAUUAUACCUGCAUAAUCACAUCCAGGUUAUACAAGUAUGACAACCAAUGACGCACAAGGUUGGCCUUAUGUGUGUACCGAGCUGGGUCUUGGUUCAAUGUACGCUCCAAGGCAACAAGAGAAAUUUAAUAUCACCAGUAAAGCAAUCAUUUAUAAAUCAUAUCUUCUGUAAAUGAAUAUUUAUUAUCAACUCCACAGUUAAACAAUGAAAUUGAAUAUAUAGUGACUGAAGCAGUAGACAACACAUCAUAAAAGAUCGGAUGUUUUUAAAACAAUUACAAGUGGACACUAAUUUACGUGAUAUUGACAAAGGUAUCCUACCUUGGCCAACAUUAUAAGACCAUGCAUUACUCUAUGCUAUCUUCUGUUGCCCACAACACAUUUCGGCAGUGUGAUAAUUGAGAAAUCAUAUUUAAUUCUUCGUUAUGUACAAAAUUAAACCACAUCUCUACAACUCUAGGAACAAAAGGAAAAUGUAAAAUAUCUACCUGGACACAUCAGUUGUUUUUAGACAUCACAGCUGUGCUCGUUGGUUUGCAGAAGAAGAAAAAAAGAGACUUAUUUGAAAGUGGUAUGAGCAUACUAGAGUAAAAAGAUAGCCAUGAGGAAUUUUUUUUAAAAUUAAUUAAUGAGUGUAAAUUAAUGCUAUCCCGCAAGUCAAAUAAUGGCCUGCUGAUUUACUUCCAGUAACAACACAAUUGCACGAACACCGAAAACCAAGCUUUCUCUUUGCUCAAACUGGGCUGGAUCCAAAUGCAUUGCCAUGGAAAUACUCACAAGCCAAACUGAUCCCAAGUGAGCUCAGCACACUUACCCCCCAGGAACAGUUAGUUAACCGAACCACAUACUUUUAUUAGGGCUGACCACUUGACACCAGUCAUGAUUUGACAACACAAGCAAAAACGUACUCUCCGUGACAUCAUCCGUUAACACACAGCGGAAAUUACAAAUUAUCUCAAGUGGUCUUAUGCUUGCCUACAUUUGGCGUUAAUACAACAUUUUAUUUCAAACAUCUAUUCCUGACCUCCACACUCCUUGACCACACAGGCUGUGGUUUGGGGAGGGACUCAGUCCCCAUGGGUGAGCAGAAAUGGUUUCCAGUGGUUGUUGAUACGAUGCAUUGAGCUCCAUUAUAUUGACAGUGCAGUGCUUGUGCAUGAUGGUUCUCGAGUCUGGAAUUUCUAGUGAUGGGUGGUGGUCAUCACGGAGUGCCCAUUUAGGCAUGUAAAUGGGUCUUAAAAUGACAUGUUGGGUUUUCUGCACUGCACAUUACUUACUGAAUGAGAGAGGUCUUGCAAUAGACUAUUUUGCUAAAUUAUAUUAGGUUUCACUGUAGUAACAAUUGGUUAUGCUAACCAUAACAUCCCUACAUUAAAUUAUUCAAUUGCACUGUUAAAGCCAGUGCCACUGGGAAUAGUCUACUGGAUAUAUGGUGGUAAGUUGCCUGCACGAUGCCAAGCUGCCUUUUGUCUAUCAAUCACUAAAAAUAGCACCAGGUACUGGCUUCGCCUGACAGACAUCGCUGAUUGCAGAGCACAACCAAAUCGUCUGUACAUUUCGACCUACUGGCUGGAAUCCAACCCAGAAUAAUGGACCAGCUGACAUGCUUAUGUUGGCCGCCCAUAAGCACACAAACACAUGAAAAGUAGCCAGCUGUGCCUUCGCAUUUUUUAAUGUUUCUGCGGUUACUGGCAAAAACUGAUCGCAUUACAACGAAGGGCCUUGCAAUCUAAAGAAAAAACGGCGACCAAUUUGAAUACGUACGGUGGAGUAUGGUAUUUGAGAUGUGACUGCCAGUGCAAGAAAAAAAUCAGUCUUGGUAGCCACUGGUUUGUCUGCCUUAGGCUUGACUAACUAGUCACAGUAACCGCAGAAUUUUAUUGUUUUAUAUUUUUAUUAUUUUAUUGUUUCCCUUCUACGUGACUUUACCGAAAGAACCAAGAAUAUAAAUAGUCACAGACGAUUAUCUUUAACUUGUCUCAGUCAAAUCGUAUCUUAAAUGGCACAUUCUGUUAUCAAUUAAUCGAACCCCUUUUGGUACAAUAUCCCGCUAAAACACUUCACAUAUCUCCCCUAGUUUUAUGAACCACAGGCUAACAUACUGAUGUUACGUUGAGUAUAUUUAAUUUUCCUACAAAAAAAAACAAAGUAACAACA